AUGAUCGCCCGCGUCGCCUUACCGACGCGCGCGUCGCCGCGAUGCGCGCGUGGAGAGGGAAAGAUUGCGAGACACGCCGACGUCCAGCGACCGGGAAUCUGUUUCGCGCGCGCGCGCGCGCGCGGUGCGGUCGUCGAGGCGUCCGACGGCGCGACGCAGCUCUAUGACGUGACCGCGCACGAACAACUCGAGGGUGGGUUGAGAGGCGCGGCGUUGAACGCGAAGGCGAAGCAAUUUCCGAGCAUGCAGGAGGUGCUGCGAAACAUCCCGAGCGAGUGCUUCGAGCGGGACACGUUGAAGAGCCUGGCGUACGCGGCGGUGUCGACGGCGAUCACGGUCGGAUGUGGGGCGCUGGCGUACGCGUUUUUGCCGCUCAAGGCGUCUUGGUGGCCGGCGUGGGUGGCGUACGCGUUCGUGACGGGGACGGCGGCCACUGGGUGUUGGGUCGCCGCGCACGAGUGCGGGCACGGCGCGUUCAGCGAUAACAAGACGUUGCAAGAUGCGGUUGGAUACGUGUUGCACUCGUUGCUCUUGGUGCCGUACUUUUCUUGGCAGCGAUCACACGCGGUGCAUCACUCGAGGACGAAUCACGUUCUUGAGGGCGAGACGCACGUGCCGGCGCGCUUGGGGACGGAAGACGCCAACGUCGUGUUCAAGCUUCGCGAAUUGAUCGGUGAAGGGCCGUUCACGUUUUUCAACCUCGUCGGCGUCUUCGCGCUCGGAUGGCCGAUUUACUUGCUCACCGGCGCGAGCGGCGGACCGGUGCGCGGUAACACGAACCACUUCUUACCCUUCAUGGGCGAGAAAGGUAAGCACGCGCUGUUCCCGGGUAAGUGGGCGAAGAAGGUGUGGCAGUCUGACAUCGGCGUUGUUGCCGUCCUGGGCGCGCUCGCGGCUUGGGCGGCGCACAGCGGGAUUGCCACAGUGAUGGCACUCUACGUCGGCCCGUACAUGGUGACCAACUUUUGGCUCGUCUUGUACACGUGGUUACAGCACACCGACGUUGACGUGCCGCACUUCGAGGGCGACGAUUGGAACUUGGUCAAGGGGGCAUUCAUGACGAUCGAUCGCCCGUACGGCCCAGUUUUUGAUUUCUUGCACCACCGCAUCGGCAGCACGCACGUCGCGCACCACAUCAACCACACCAUUCCGCAUUACAAGGCUCAAAUGGCGACGGAUGCGCUAAAGGAGGCGUAUCCCGACCUCUACCUUUACGAUCCAACUCCGAUCGCGACCGCUACGUGGCGCGUGGGGAGCAAGUGCAUCGCCGUCGUGAAGAAGGGAGACGAAUGGGUGUUCACGGAUAAGCAACUCCCGGUCGCGGCGUGA